AUGUCGAACAGGAUUGAGUUCCCAAGAGACGUCGAGUUCACUCCGGGACCGUCCUCACCAGGCUCCCUUUUUGGUCAGGAUUGGCAAGAAAGGCGGGCAUAUGUUCGUCCUAGCGACAACAUUGUAGUCAUGCUCAACGAAAGAGAAAGGGGCUAUACGCGUAACGCUAUGUCCGAAGGAAUGUAUCGAAGAGUUCUGUCGGUCCUACCAUUUUGCGGUUGCCAUCACUCCUCUUCGGAAAAUCCUUACCUCGAUCCGCUUUAUUUUUCAAUCGAUGAGAAAAUUCAUUCAAAUCUGAUGUACGGUCGUAUGCGUUUCGAUCUUGGGCCUGUAAAGAUUUUUGCAAGGCGCACCCAACACCACGUGUGCACGCUAGGUCUACCGCCAUCGUUGGCAUCGAAGAGUCCAUCUUGUGUGAUUCUUUUCCAUCCACAGGACCCCCUAGCCAUUGCCUUUGACCGCAUUCGUACCGAUCAACCGCUCACUUUCUAUCUGCCAUCCGCAUCGGAAGACUGA